UGUUGUAUAUGGGCAGGCUAUGUGACGUGCUCGUAGGUGUAGAUGCUGAGCGGUAAUAAAGAGGCAGCUGGGAGCGCAGAACAACGCAGUGGCGUCCCAGCGUAACAGUUCCGCCACCGCCCGCUCAGCGCAGCCGAGUCUCUGCACUCACACUGGGGGAAAGCCGGAGGAACAUUCAUGCGUCCGUAUCGAUAAAACAAGCUGCGUAGCAGGUUUCCACACUCUCUAACAAGGACACCAGUUUAGAACUUUUAAUAUUUAUUGCCUACUGGAUUUGAUUUACUGGCCAUGGGGAGCAAGACUCUACCAGCACCAGUUCCUCUCCACCCAUCACUUCAGUUGGCCAACUGUUCCCUCAUCCAGAGCUCCACGGGUCUUCAGCUGCCAGCAGAUCAUUUUCACAGCAUCUACAGCUUUAGCGCCCUGCAUGCCAUCCACCUUCACCAGUGGACCCUAGGCUACCCAGCAUUUUCCCUGCCCCGCUGCACCAUCGCUAAACUGCCUUCCCAGAUUUCCUGCAUGGCAUCCAUCCCCAUAUUUCCUCACCUUCUGCCACCCAAGCAAGACUCAGCAGGAUUGCUACACACCUCCAAAAACAAGCCCCGCUUUGAUUUUGCAAACCUGGCAGCAGCGGCAACUGAGGAGGAUCAGCUAAAGGUGGAGGACCUGAGCAUGACUGCUGCUGCUGCUGCUGCCCAAGCUUCAUCUCCACACCUAACCACAGCCAGCCUGGGAUGCAUGCUUGAUGUUUCCAAGCUUGCUUCACCAGAGCGCAAGUCCAGUCGGGGCCGACUACCCUCAAAGACCAAGAAAGAAUUUGUCUGCAAGUUCUGUGCCCGACAUUUUACCAAAUCCUACAACCUUUUGAUCCACGAGAGGACGCACACAGACGAGAGGCCGUAUACAUGUGAUAUCUGCCACAAGGCCUUCAGGAGACAGGACCACCUCAGGGACCACAGGUACAUCCAUUCUAAAGAAAAGCCCUUUAAAUGUCAGGAGUGUGGAAAGGGCUUCUGUCAGUCCAGGACUCUGGCUGUCCACAAAACGUUACACAUGCAGAUCAAGGAACUGAAGCCAGCCAAGAUCAAGUGACUCACUCAACAGGGACCAGGCCACUGAAAGACUAACAGACCAAAGACAACAUCAGUAAAAAGAACAAGACUUUAAUCAAUUUAAGAUAUUCUUCAAGAAAGAAAUAUUUCAGCAACCACUUAAAGAAAUAAAAGUGUAAUGUAUGCUUACUUAUCAAGCCUGACUUGGCGGAGAAACCAAUGGAUGUUGGAAACAAAUUUAUUUCCUUUUAAAUAUCACAUUCCAACGGCAUUUUUGUACAGAAAUAUAUCAAAAUAUAUUUUUGCACUUUAACCUGAUUAUUUACAUAUAUCACUGGAUGCCUUAAAUUUAUUUUCAAAA